CACGAUUUCUUUCCCCUAAAAGUUUCUCUCAUGGUUUCUCAACCAUGUCCUCCAGCAGCUUUGCCGCUGCUCAAGAACGAAUAUUGGCGCGACAGCGUGCCCGACAGCUGGAAGCCCAUGCCACGAACUCCCAAAUAAACCCUACUCAGAGUCGUUCCUUGACCCGACUUACUCAUUCUUUACGCCCUGAGCUAUCAGCUUUCUGGUCGACAUUACUAGACUCCGAGGGAACUCGGCCGGCCUUUCGAGUGGGCCAGGUGGAUGCGGAACUGCUGGACGAGGAACUACUGGGAUUGUUGAAGACGCAGGUUGCAGAUGCCUUGAAGUAUCUAGGACCGCAUCUCCAGGAUGACUGGUCGCAAGAGAUCCUGCUUGGACUGAGGGCGGUACUGUUCAAACUCUCCAUAUGGGAUAACGAUGCAUCUUACGGAGCUGCACUACAAAAUCUACGCUACGCUGACGCCCGGCAAUCGAGUCUUGCCCUUCCGAAGCCAACCAGAUGGCAGAAAGCUCUCUAUGGACUAAUCACGGUAUUUGGGAGAUAUGGAUGGGACAAAUGGGAAGACUGGCUUAUUGAUCAAGAGCGAGGAUACACGGCACCUAGUGAGGCGGUUCAACAACUCAUGAGGUUGACCUCUUUCGCUUCAACAACUCACUCGAUCGCUGCAUUCUUUUCUUUUCUGGUGUUUUUAGUCAAUGGGCGUUACCGCACCCUCACAGAUCGCUUGUUACAGUUGAGGCUUGUUUCGCCCUCCAAUCAAGUCAGCCGAGAGGUUUCAUUCGAGUACCUGAAUCGACAGCUAGUCUGGCACGCUUUCACCGAGUUCUUGUUGUUCCUGCUACCGCUGGUCGGGAUCAGCCGGUGGCGCAAAUGGCUAGCAAGGGCUUGGAAAAAGACGAAAGAUGCGAUGCGGUCCGACUCCACUGAUGAAGACGAAGGAAAAAUCAAAAGUGGGCCUUUGUCGUUUUUGCCAGAGAGAACAUGUGCGGUAUGUUAUGAGGAGCAGAACCCUACGUCCACAUCAGAGGCAGAAAUCCUUGGGGCCAACACAGGUGCGGGAGGAGGAGUCAUCGGCUCUGCCACAACAGAUGUAGUCAACCCCUAUGAGACAACCCCUUGUGGAUGUAUCUACUGCUUUGUCUGCAUCGCUAAAAAGAUUGAAGCGGAGGAAGGUGGCGGAUGGACCUGUUUACGAUGUGGUGAGAUCAUCUAUAAAUGUCAACCUUGGAACGGGGAUAUUGUGGUCCCAAAAAGGACCAGUCAGAAGAAUGGAAAGUCAGUCGGAUUCUUUGUAAAUGAGAAGGAGCAUACUGGCGGGUUAGAUGAAGAAGCAUCUACGGAUGGAACACCUGAAAUGAUCGAAUCCACGCUCACCUCGAGCCAGUGGUCGAUGCCAGAACAAAGCUCUCCAUCCGGCUGAAAGCCAUUACCGCAAAACGAACUGAUUCCAUCCCAUCAACAAGGCACCUUUCCCAACUGAGAGUAUGAUCAAAACACAUUGGCACAAAUAACGCCUGCAAGAUACGUCCGCAAAAUGACCGAUCUGGAUUGCGACCUCUUUCAUCUCAACGACCAUGCUUCAUGGACUCACAGCAUCGGUCGUCCUCCUCUUAUCGUGACAGCUUUAGGACACUUCGCUCAAGUGUACACGGUACCGUUCUUGAUGAGACCCAAAUAAGUUUCUUUGUCAUGUCCGGGGAUGACCUGGCCUCUUGUCGUCCUCUCCAAUUGCUUCAGGCGUUGCGUGCUCUGAAACCACGCUGGAUGAUCUCUUGCAAGCCAACCUUGUGGGAUACCGUCGCGCCACUGGCAGAAUGUCAGUAUUGGUUGAAGACGACGAACCUAAAGAUGCCUACAUUUUCAAUGACGUGGCAAUGAUCACUGAUGAAGAGGAAAGUGCCACUGUCGGGCAUAUUGAUUUGCAUGCCGAUCAAGCCUUCGAGAAUCAGUUCUGGCCUCACAGUAGAGUUGUGAUACAUACCGUCUGUGUGGCCUGGCAAAUGGUGCAGUGUAAUACCUUGACAGAAGUCGAAGGUGCGGUCAUCGAAGGUUUUCCAGUUGCUAGAUGUUGUCAGCGUCCGUUCUGACUUCUAAGUUUCGAGUCAAGGACACUUACAGGCUCAACUUGAGGUAAUGCUCCAUAUACACACCAACGUCAGCUCCGGUUGCGACGGACCAGAAAGCGGCUCUCAAUUCUCUGUCGUGUACCCAGAUUUCGACGUCUUUCCUGUCUAGAAACACGUCCAAGCCACCAGCAUGAUCUAGGUGCAAAUGGCCUAUGAUGAUCUUCUUGAUGUCCUCCAGCUUAUUGCCCGUUGCCUCGACGGCGGCCUGUAACUCGUGGCGAGGCUCAUAUUUGAUCCGGGCGAAGACAUCUGCAAUUUGUGGCCCCCAUACUUCCGGGUAGUCUUUCCCGCAUCCCGUCUCCCACAAGAUCAGACCUUCAUGGGGAUGCUCGAUCAGAAUACAGAACACCGGCAGUUCUCUCCGCUUGUUGACAAAGGACUUGUCCUUGGUGCUCAGUGUGCUGGAGUUCCCACCUCGCACCACAAAGGCGUCAUCGCAUUCAAGCCAUCCGACCUCAAGGAUAUGGAAUUUGGUUCCCUUGGGACAUACGUUGGAGAUGUGGUUUGGCACUGCCCCACGGUCGAGUUGAGCUUGGAUGGCGGCCAUGACGGGCUGCUGCAAUGUGACGGUUCGGGUAGGAUCAGAAGAGCGGGACAGUUCUAGACUACUACAAAGGAGAAGCUGCGAAACUUGAUUUUCUUCACUGCGAGGAUCCGAGGGGCAUCUUGAUAUACUGGAAAUCCCCGCAUUUCCAAGCUUCCGAUAGCUGUUGACUGGUGAAGUAUUUCAUAGGUGAGACGAGAGCGCUGGCGAUGGACAAACUUGUGGCGCCAUCCGAAAGAGGGUUAAAGGUGGAGUAGCACAAGCAAGUUGAUGAGCUUGAUUAGAUCGGACUCGGCUAAUGUCAGCAAAUCUGACGACAUGGGCUGAUUGUUUCGGCUUCGCACCAAAGGGAAGAUGGGAAAAGGAGGAGGAGAGCGGAAUUUGGGGAGAUGGAAGAGGAGAGGAGGAGGGGAAGAAAAAAAAACAAGGCGAUCCUAUCGAGAUAUUCGUAUCUCGUACUGGAUACGGAGUACAUCCGGAUCUACCCAAUAUAUUUACUAAGUACCUACAGAGUAUCUGAGAUAUUCUACACAGUACCUCUUCUAUGGUGGUUGGUGGUUGCGGAAAAAGAGAAGUACAUGAGUACCCUACCAGUAUUGGCCAUUCCCACUUCAUCCACACAUUGGGAUUGGCGGAUCAACUCAAGUAUGAGGAGCGGAAUACUUUUGGCCUCCGGAACGCCGAAUGUGUAAUGUCCGUAGUCCGGCGAGUGUGAUUCAGAUGUGUCGAACAGAUUGUUUCCAUUUGAGGGUUGAAAACACCGG